ACCCAGUUCGGUAAUAAGUUACUGAACAUAGGAAAAAUGGGGAAAAGCAGGGGAAUAUGGAGCUCUUUCUAUGCUCUCUUGAUAGUGCUUCCCUGUCUCCAGGCACAAGGAACAUAUUCCUUUAUUUCACCAAGCUUAAAUCCCAUUUUCACAAGCAGUUCCUCUGCCCAUAAUGGAUAUGUCUGCAGUACAUGGGGCAAUAACUAUUUCAAGGCUUUAGAUGGCGAUAUCUUCUACUUUCCUGGACAAUGCAACUACUUGUUUGCCUCAAACUGUAAAAGUGUCACUGAAGACUUUAACAUCCAGAUCAGGCGUUCUGUUGUGAAUGGUCUACCUACAGUGAGCCACAUUAGCAUGAAGAUCGAAGGGGUAUUUAUUGAACUAACAAAAGAUGCCAUUAAAUUCAGUAAUCAAGUGGUGACCCUGCCAUACAGUUUCUCAGGAAUUCAGAUUGAUAGAAUUGGAGCGUACAUCAGAGUCAUCAAAGUGGGCCUGGAAUUUAAGUGGAAUGAAGAUGAUGCUGCAAUGUUGGAACUGGAUCAGAAAUAUCAGAAUCAGACUUGUGGUCUUUGUGGAGACUUUAAUGGAGAUUCCGUUUAUAAUGAAUUCAUGUUUAACAAUGUCAAAUUAACUGAUAAUCAGUAUGGAAAUCUGCAGAAGAUGAAUGGUCCAACUGAAACAUGUGCAGAUGUGCUUGAGGUUCCUCAGAACAACUGCACUGAUCUGAGCAGCAUUUGCCAGGUGAUCUUGUCCGGUCCAUCAUUUUCAUCCUGCAACCUUCUUGUCGAUCCUGCUCCAUACAUAAAUGCUUGUGUACAGGACCGAUGCCGAUGUGCAAGUAGUUCAACUGGAUUCUGCCUCUGUAAUACAUUCACAGAAUAUUCCCGUCAAUGUGCUCAUGCUGGGGGCUUCCCAAGCAACUGGAGAACUUCUGAUUUGUGCCCUUUACAAUGUAAUUACAAUAUGGAGUACAGAGAAUGUGGAACAGCUUGUCCAGACACCUGCAGCAAUCCUGACCGCUCAUUAUCCUGUGACAGACAUUGCACAGAUGGAUGCUUUUGUCCAGAUGGAACUGUGUGGGAUGACAUUAACAACUCAGGGUGCAUUCCCAGCUACCAGUGUUCCUGUGCUUAUAACGGAAAUGUAUACAAUUCUGGAAGCUCCUAUUUUGCACAGUGUCAGACAUGCACAUGUUAUAGAGGAAAAUGGAAAUGUGUUGACCGAGAUUGUUCUGGAUCAUGUUCAAUUAUUGGAGGAUCUCACAUCACCACCUUUGAUUUCAAUCGUUACAACUUUUUUGGUGAUUGCAGCUAUGUCCUGGCAAAGACAAGUGACAAGCAGUUCAGUGUGGUGGGAGAACUGAGAAAGUGUGAAAUCAAAGACACUACAACUUGCUUAAAAAGUAUUAUCAUCGCUUUAGAGUAUGGAAAUGAGGUUAUUGAAAUUCAGCCCACUGGCAGUGUAGAUGUGAAUGGUAUCUUCUCCCAGCUACCAAUCUCCUCAGCAAGUGUAACCAUCUUCCAGCCUUCGACCUUCUACAUCAUUGUGCAAACAGCUGUAGGACUUCAGGUGGAGGUUCAGUUAGGCUCAGUAAUGCAAGUGUACCUUUAUCUAGAGCCAAAGUGGAGGGCACAAGUGUCUGGACUCUGUGGUGAUUACAAUAAUGUUCAAAUGGAUGACUUCAAAGUACUUAGUGGAGUUAUUGAAGGGACGGCCUCCUCUUUCGGUAAUACCUGGAAGACCCAAGCAAGCUGCCCUAAUGUCUUAUCAUACUUUGAUGAUCCAUGCUCACUCAGUGUUGAAAAUGCAAAUUAUGCUCAGUUCUGGUGCUCAAAGUUGACUGACCAUGCAGGACCAUUUGCAGCAUGCCAUUCUGUAGUGGAUCCACUUCUAUACAAAACGAACUGUAUGUAUGACUCUUGCAACUAUGCUAAUAGUGAAGACCACAUGUGUGCAGCUCUCUCAUCUUACGUACAUGCCUGUGCUAGAAUGGGAGUUCUAAUAACAGGAUGGAGAGAUACUAACUGUGAUGUCUCCACCAAAUGCCCAAGCACCAUGAAGUACAGCUACAAUGUCACAGCCUGCCAGCCUACUUGCCGUUCCCUCAGUGAGCUUGAUGUCACUUGCAAUAUCGACUUUGUGCCCAUUGAUGGCUGCAUUUGUGCAGAUGGAACCUACCUUAAUGAGUAUGGCAAAUGUGUUCCCCGUGACCAAUGUCCCUGCUAUUUCAGGGGAAAACUAUUGAAAUCUGGAGAAACAAUUAAGGAACUUGGAGCACUGUGUACCUGCUCUCUGGGAAAACUGGACUGCAUUGGACACCUUAAUCUUUCGAAAGUGUGUAAGUCCCCUAAGGUCUACUUUGACUGCGCUAACCAAAGUGCUAGCACCACUGGUGUGGAAUGUGAGAAAAGCUGUCAGACUCUUGAUAUGAACUGUUACAGCGCUCAAUGCGUGUCUGGCUGCAUGUGCCCUGAAGGAUUCAUAGCAAAUGGAACGGACGGAUGUAUUACAGAGGAUCAGUGCCCCUGCGUGUACAACAAUGAUGCCUAUGCAGAGGGUUCUUCGAUUAGAGUUUCAUGCAAAACAUGCACCUGUAGAAACAGAAUGUGGAGCUGCACUGGUGAGACUUGUUUGGCAACCUGUGCGGUGUAUGGAGACGGCCACUAUUACACAUUCGACAGCAACAGAUAUGGUUUCAGUGGAGACUGUCAAUAUGUCCUGGCUCAAGAUUAUUGUGCUGAUCCCAAUAAUGGUACCUUCCGCAUCAUCACUGAAAACAUUCCAUGUGGUAGCACAGGAACCACUUGUUCUAAGUCCAUUCGAUUCUAUCUUGGAAAUAAUUUACUUAUACUUUCUGAAGAAAAAUUUGAAGUGCAGGUUACGGGUUCUGGAACUUAUGUGCCAUACAAAGUGCACCAGAUGGGUAUAUUUUUGGUGAUUGAGACUCUGAAUGGAAUCGUUCUGGUGUGGGAUAAAAAAACAAGUAUUUAUAUUAAGCUUCAACCAGAUUUUAAGGGCAAAAUUUGUGGCUUAUGCGGCAACUAUGAUGGAAACUCUGUAAAUGACUUCACCACCAGAAGUCUAUCAAUUGUUUCAGAUGUAUUGGAAUUUGGAGACAGCUGGAAACAAUCCACAAGUUGUCCUGCUCCUUUGGCCAUUGGCGAUUCUUGUGCAGCCAACGCAUACAGGAAGCCAUGGGCAGAGAAAAAGUGCAGCGUUAUCAUUGGUACCACCUUUGCCGCUUGCCAUGCUGUCGUGAACCCAAAUCCAUAUUACAGCACAUGUAUUAAUGAUGCUUGUGCUUGUGAUACUGGUGGGGAUUGUGAGUGUCUCUGUACUGCAAUUGCUGCAUAUGCUCAAGCCUGUAGUGAGGCUGGUGCGUGCGUCAGCUGGAGAACCCCAGAUUUCUGUCCUUUGUUCUGUGAUUACUACAACCUUGAAGGACAGUGUGAAUGGCACUACCAAGCCUGUGGAGCACCAUGCAUGAGGACUUGCAGGAACCCCACUGGAUUGUGCUAUUACAAGCUGGUGGGCUUAGAAGGUUGCUACCCAGUAUGUCCACCUGACAGACCUUACUUUGAUGAAGAAAGGAUGACCUGUGUGAGAUCUUGCUGUUAUGAUAGCAGAGGCAGGAAUUAUCCAUUUGGUGGAGUGAUGCCCAGAGAGCCUGAGGAUGCUAACUGUACAAUUUGUGUUUGCACCAGAGGAGGAAGACAGUGCUUUGCUGAUACAGGUUGUUGCGAGUAUGAUGCUACAAUGUAUACAACAUCACAACCAAUCUACUGUACUACUGAUGGACUGGGAGGUAGUGUCCAUGCCAUAUGUGAGAAUGGAACAAUCACAAGAUACGCUACAAAUUCACCUUGCACAAAAACGACAACAUCAACUCCAGUGACUACAACAAGGACUACAACACGUGUUACUACAGUAACAUCCCCACCACCAGAUUGUUUCUACUACCCCACUCCUGACACAACUCCUGAUGGUCACCUUGUUCCUCCUUACACUAAUCCUGAUACUGUUCCUUCGGCAACUCCAUUCUGUACAUUGACCCCAUGGAUUGAUGUAAGCAACCCACAAUUUGGGGGAACUGGAGAUGAUGAAUCUUUUGACAAUAUCAGAAGAAAUGGAAUUUCCAUCUGUAAUGAGACCAUGACUAUUAUGAGUGUUGAUUGCAGAGCAAAAAAAUUUCCCUAUGCUUCACUGGCAGACUUAGGACAAACCAUUACAUGCAACAAAGAUGUAGGUUUGAUUUGCCUGAACAGCGAGAACACCCGAAUAUGUGACAACUAUGAAAUCCAAAUCCAAUGCUGCACUCCAAAUAGAGCUAUAGAACCAACACCAAAAACUCCUAUAGUUUCAUCUGCUUCUUCAAAUGAUGCUCCUCCCAACACAAAUCCUGAUACUGUUCCCUUGGCAACUCCAUUCUGUACAUUGACCCCAUGGAUUGAUGUAAGCAACCCACAAUUUGGGGGAACUGGAGAUGAUGAAUCUUUUGACAAUAUCAGAAAAAAUGGAAUCUCCAUUUGUAAUGAGACCAUGACUAUUAUGAGCGUUGUUUGCAGAGCAAAAAAAUUUCCCGAUGCUUCACUGGCUGACUUAGAACAAACCCUAACAUGCAACAAAGAUGUAGGUUUGAUUUGCCUGAACAGUGAGAACUUCCCAAUGUGUUACAACUAUGAAAUCCAAAUCCAAUGCUGCACUCCAAAUAGAGCUAUAGAACCAACACCAAAAACUCCUAUACUUUCAACUACCACUUCAAAUGAUGCUCCUCCCAACACAAAUCCUGAUACUGUUCCCUUGGCAACUCCAUUCUGUACAUUGACCCCAUGGAUUGAUGUAAGCUAUCCACAAUUUGGGGGAACUGGAGAUGAUGAAUCUUUUGACAAUAUCAGAAGAAAUGGAAUUUCCAUUUGUAAUGAGACCAUGACUAUUAUGAGUGUUGAUUGCAGAGCAAAAAAAUUUCCUGAUGCUUCACUGGCUGACAUAGGACAAACCAUAACAUGCAACAAAGAUAGCUAUAGAACCAACACCAAAAACUCCUAUAGUUUCAACUACUUGUUCAAUGCGUACAACAACUACUACAAGCAGUCCAACUACAACAACAACCACAAGUCAUCCAACAACAACUACAAGCCCGACAACAACAACACAAUCUCCAACAACCACCACAAGCAGUCCAACAACCACAACCCAUCCAACAACGACUACAACAACCACAAGUCAUCCAACAACUACAACAACCACAAGUCAUCCAACAACAACUACAACAACAACCACAACUACAACUCAUCCAACAACUACUACAACUACAAGUCCAACAACAACAACAACAACCACAAGCCAUCCACCAACUACAACAACAACCCAUCCAACAACUACAAGUCCACAAACUACAACAACAACCACAAGCCCUCCAACAACUACAUCAACUCAUACAACUACGACAACUCCAACAACAACAACGACUACCACAAGCCCUCCAACAACUACAUCAACUCAUACAACUACUACAACUCCAACAACAACUACCACAAGCCCUCCAACAACUACAUCUACUAUAGAGACCACAACCAGUGUUACUACACUUGUACUACUCCCUCUCCACGUCUUGUCCCAUCACCCCCUGUCUGUACAUUGACCCCAUGGAUUGAUGUAAGCUAUCCAGAAUCUGGGGGAACUGGAGAUGAUGAAUCUUUUGAUAAUAUCAGAAGAAAUGGAAUCUCCAUCUGUAAUGAGACCAUGACUAUUAUGAGUGUUGAUUGCAGAGCAAAAAAUUUUCCUGAUACUUCACUGGCUGACAUAAGACAAACCAUAACAUGCAACAAAGAUGUAGGUUUGAUUUGCCUGAACAGCGAGAACACCCGAAUAUGUGAUAACUAUGAAAUCCAAAUCCAAUGCUGCACUCCAAAUAGAGCUAUAGAACCAACACCAAAAACUCCUAUAGUUUCAACUACUAAUUCAAAUGAUGCUCCUCCCAACACAAAUCCUGAUACUGUUCCCUUGGCAACUCCAUUCUGUACUGUGACCCCAUGGAUUGAUGUAAGCUAUCCACAAUUUGGGGGAACUGGAGAUGAUGAAUCUUUUGACAAUAUCAGAAGAAAUGGAAUUUCCAUUUGUAAUGAGACCAUGACUGUUAUGAGUGUUGAUUGCAGAGCAAAAAAUUUUCCGGAUGCUUCACUGGCUGACAUAGGACAAACCAUAACAUGCAACAAAGAUGUAGGUUUGAUUUGCCUGAACAGCGAGAACUCCCCAAUAUGUGACAACUAUGAAAUCCAAAUUCAUUGCUGCACUGGUACUACUACUACUAUGGAAACAACAACAGAAACACCUUUAGAAACAACAGAAACAGUUGUAGAGACAACAACUUGUUCAAUGACUACCACAACAACCACAAGUAGUCCAACAACAACCUCAACCACGACCCAUCCAACAACUACAACAACAACUUCACCUACAACAACCACAACAACCUCAACCCAUACAACAACUACAAGUCCAACAACAACUACAAGUCCAACAACAACAACAACAACAAGCCAUCCAACAACAACAACAACAAGCCAUCCAACAACAACAAGCAUUCCAACCACUACAACUACAAGCCAUCCAACCACUACAACCACAAGCAUUCCAACAACUACAACCACAAGCCAUCCAACCACUACAACCACAAGCAUUCCAACAACUACAACCACAAGCCAUCCAACCACUACAACCACAAGCAUUCCAACAACAACAACAACUAGCCAUCCAACAACUACAACAACCCAUCCAACAACUACAACAACAACCCAUCCAACCACUUCAACAACAACAACCACAAGCCCUCCAACAACAUCCACUACAGAGACCACAACCAGUGUAACUACAGUAACAUCUACCAGAACACAUGCUUGUACUACUCCUUCUCCACGUCUUGUCUCUUCAACCCCUCCACGUCUUGUCUCAUCAACCCCUCCACGUCUUGUCUCAUCAACCCCUGUCUGUACUGUGACCCCAUGGAUUGAUGUAAGCUAUCCACAAUUUGGGGGAACUGGAGAUGAUGAAUCUUUUGAUAAUAUCAGAAGAAAUGGAAUCUCCAUCUGUAAUGAGACCAUGACUAUUGUGAGUGUUGAUUGCAGAGCAAAAAAUUUUCCCGAUGCUUCACUGGCUGACAUAAGACAAACCAUAACAUGCAACAAAGAUGUAGGUUUGAUUUGCCUGAACAGCGAGAACUCCCCAAUAUGUGACAACUAUGAAAUCCAAAUUCAUUGCUGCACUGGUACUACUACUACUAUGGAAACAACAACAGAAACACCUUUAGAAACAACAGAAACAGUUGUAGAGACAACAACUUGUUCAAUGACAACCACAGCUACCACAAGCAGCCCAACAACAACCUCAACCACGACCCAUCCAACAACUACAACAACAACUUCACCUACAACAACCACAACAACCUCAACCCAUACAACAACUACAAGUCCAACAACAACUACAAGUCCAACAACAACAACAACAACAAGCCAUCCAACAACAACAACAACAAGCCAUCCAACAACCACAAGCAUUCCAACCACUACAACUACAAGCCAUCCAACCACUACAACCACAAGCAUUCCAACAACUACAACCACAAGCCAUCCAACCACUACAACCACAAGCAUUCCAACAACUACAACCACAAGCCAUCCAACCACUACAACCACAAGCAUUCCAACAACAACAACAACUAGCCAUCCAACAACUACAACAACCCAUCCAACAACUACAACAACAACCCAUCCAACCACUUCAAGAACAACAACAACAACCACAAGCCCUCCAACAACAUCCACUACAGAGACCACAACCAGUGUAACUACAGUAACAUCUACCAGAACACAUGCUUGUACUACUCCUUCUCCACGUCUUGUCUCAUCAACCCCUCCACGUCUUGUCUCAUCAACCCCUCCACGUCUUGUCUCAUCAACCCCUGUCUGUACUGUGACCCCAUGGAUUGAUGUAAGCUAUCCACAAUUUGGGGGAACUGGAGAUGAUGAAUCUUUUGAUAAUAUCAGAAGAAAUGGAAUCUCCAUCUGUAAUGAGACCAUGACUAUUGUGAGUGUUGAUUGCAGAGCAAAAAAUUUUCCCGAUGCUUCACUGGCUGACAUAAGACAAACCAUAACAUGCAACAAAGAUGUAGGUUUGAUUUGCCUGAACAGCGAGAACUCCCCAAUAUGUGACAACUAUGAAAUCCAAAUUCAUUGCUGCACUGGUACUACUACUACUAUGGAAACAACAACAGAAACACCUUUAGAAACAACAGAAACAGUUGUAGAGACAACAACUUGUUCAAUGACAACCACAGCUACCACAAGCAGCCCAACAACAACCUCAACCACGACCCAUCCAACAACUACAACAACAACUUCACCUACAACAACCACAACAACCUCAACCCAUACAACAACUACAAGUCCAACAACAACUACAACUUGUACUACUCCUUCUCCACGUCUUGUCUCAUCAACCCCUCCACGUCUUGUCUCAUCAACCCCUGUCUGUACUGUGACCCCAUGGAUUGAUGUAAGCUAUCCACAAUUUGGGGGAACUGGAGAUGAUGAAUCUUUUGAUAAUAUCAGAAGAAAUGGAAUCUCUAUCUGUAAUGAGACCAUGACUAUUGUGAGUGUUGAUUGCAGAGCAAAAAAUUUUCCCGAUGCUUCACUGGCUGACAUAAGACAAACCAUAACAUGCAACAAAGAUGUAGGUUUGAUUUGCCUGAACAGCGAGAACUCCCCAAUAUGUGACAACUAUGAAAUCCAAAUUCAUUGCUGCACUGGUACUACUACUACUAUGGAAACAACAACAGAAACACCUUUAGAAACAACAGAAACAGUUGUAGAGACAACAACUUGUUCAAUGACAACCACAGCUACCACAAGCAGCCCAACAACAACCUCAACCACGACCCAUCCAACAACUACAACAACAACUUCACCUACAACAACCACAACAACCUCAACCCAUACAACAACUACAAGUCCAACAACAACUACAAGUCCAACAACAACAACAACUACAACAACAAGCCAUCCAACAACAACAACAACAAGCCAUCCAACAACCACAAGCAUUCCAACCACUACAACUACAAGCCAUCCAACCACUACAACCACAAGCAUUCCAACAACUACAACCACAAGCCAUCCAACCACUACAACCACAAGCAUUCCAACAACUACAACCACAAGCCAUCCAACCACUACAACCACAAGCAUUCCAACAACAACAACAACUAGCCAUCCAACAACUACAACAACCCAUCCAACAACAACAACCCAUCCAACCACUUCAAGAACAACAACAACAACCACAAGCCCUCCAACAACAUCCACUACAGAGACCACAACCAGUGUAACUACAGUAACAUCUACCAGAACACAUGCUUGUACUACUCCUUCUCCACGUCUUGUCUCAUCAACCCCUCCACGUCUUGUCUCAUCAACCCCUCCACGUCUUGUCUCAUCAACCCCUGUCUGUACUGUGACCCCAUGGAUUGAUGUAAGCUAUCCACAAUUUGGGGGAACUGGAGAUGAUGAAUCUUUUGAUAAUAUCAGAAGAAAUGGAAUCUCCAUCUGUAAUGAGACCAUGACUAUUGUGAGUGUUGAUUGCAGAGCAAAAAAUUUUCCCGAUGCUUCACUGGCUGACAUAAGACAAACCAUAACAUGCAACAAAGAUGUAGGUUUGAUUUGCCUGAACAGCGAGAACUCCCCAAUAUGUGACAACUAUGAAAUCCAAAUUCAUUGCUGCACUGGUACUACUACUACUAUGGAAACAACAACAGAAACACCUUUAGAAACAACAGAAACAGUUGUAGAGACAACAACUUGUUCAAUGACAACCACAGCUACCACAAGCAGCCCAACAACAACCUCAACCACGACCCAUCCAACAACUACAACAACAACUUCACCUACAACAACCACAACAACCUCAACCCAUACAACAACUACAAGUCCAACAACAACUACAAGUCCAACAACAGCAACAACUACAACAACAAGCCAUCCAACAACAACAACAACAAGCCAUCCAACAACCACAAGCAUUCCAACCACUACAACUACAAGCCAUCCAACCACUACAACCACAAGCAUUCCAACAACUACAACCACAAGCCAUCCAACCACUACAACCACAAGCAUUCCAACAACUACAACCACAAGCCAUCCAACCACUACAACCACAAGCAUUCCAACAACAACAACAACUAGCCAUCCAACAACUACAACAACCCAUCCAACAACUACAACAACAACCCAUCCAACCACUUCAAGAACAACAACAACAACCACAAGCCCUCCAACAACAUCCACUACAGAGACCACAACCAGUGUAACUACAGUAACAUCUACCAGAACACAUGCUUGUACUACUCCUUCUCCACGUCUUGUCUCAUCAACCCCUCCACGUCUUGUCUCAUCAACCCCUGUCUGUACUGUGACCCCAUGGAUUGAUGUAAGCUAUCCACAAUUUGGGGGAACUGGAGAUGAUGAAUCUUUUGAUAAUAUCAGAAGAAAUGGAAUCUCCAUCUGUAAUGAGACCAUGACUAUUGUGAGUGUUGAUUGCAGAGCAAAAAAUUUUCCCGAUGCUUCACUGGCUGACAUAAGACAAACCAUAACAUGCAACAAAGAUCCCAACAACAACCUCAACCACGACCCAUCCAACAACUACAACAACAACUUCACCUACAACAACCACAACAACCUCAACCCAUACAACAACUACAAGUCCAACAACAACUACAAGUCCAACAACAACCUCAACCACAAGCCCUCCAACAACUACAACGACAAUUCCAACAACCACAAGCCAUCCAACAACUACAACAACAAGUCCAACAACAACCACAACAUCUACAUCAACAACACAUACAACUUCUACCUAUGUCACUAUCACUUCAACAUCUGGGACAACUACUUCUACAGUGCCAACUACAUCAACAACUACAACAUCCACAUCAUCUACACCUACUACAACUACAGUAUCUACAACCAUCUCAACUACAAGUACAGAGACCACAACAUCAGAACCCACUACAUCCUUAACUCCAACAACUACAUUUUCAACAAUCACCACAUCAACAAGAUGUUAUUGCCAAGUACAAACAACCUUAUAUAUCAGUGGUGAACGUCUCUUUACUAUUAUGGACAAAGCUGGCUGUGAAUAUUAUGCAUUAUGUAAUGAUACCUGCCAACUACAAAGAUAUGUUGGGAAUUGUACUACUACAACUGUCAGCACAACAUCUUCAACAGAGACCUCAUCAACAACUGCAGGUCCCACGCCAACUACAACUUGUCUUAUGUGGAUGCCUACUGAAUCACACACUACACCAGACUCAAAAUCAUCAACAGUUUCAUCAUAUUUAGAAUCAUCUUCAACUUCUCCACAUUUUAAAAUAGGGUCAAGUCCCACACCAGAUACAGGUGUAUCAUCUACACCUGGUAGUGACAUACACUCCACAAAAAUAACACUUUCAACAUCAUCCACACCUGAUUUCUCUACCAGUGUGUCAC